GGCGCAACGAGAAGAGCCACUCUCAGGCACGUAGGGAUUCGAAAGGUUCUGUCGAGCGUCGCGAGGUUGUGUCGCGCGUAGAGCCCUCUGGGAGUUGUAGUUCCGAAGAUGGAGCACGCCGCACCGUCCCCGGUGCCUCUGGGUCAGGCUGAGAUCUUUCAGGCCCUGCAGCGACUGCACAUGACCAUCUACUCCCAGAGUGUCUCACCCUGUGGGAAGUUCCUGGCAGCUGGCAACAAUUAUGGGCAGAUUGCCAUCUUCAGUUUGUCUGCUGCCUUGAGUUCAGAGGCCAAAGAAGAAAGCAAAAAACCCAUGGUGACCUUCCACGCCCACGAUGGGCCUGUCUAUAGCAUGGUCUCCACGGAUCGGCAUCUCCUUAGUGCUGGCGAUGGGGAAGUGAAGGGCUGGCUUUGGGCGGAAAUCCUCAAGAAGGGCUGUAAGGAACUGUGGCGUCGUCAGCCACCAUACAGGACCAGCCUGGAAGUACCUGAAAUCAACGCCUUGCUGCUUGUCCCCAAGGAGAAUUCACUGAUUCUAGCCGGGGGAGAUUGCCAGCUGCACACUAUGGACCUGGAAACUGGGACCUUCACACGGGCCCUUCGGGGCCACACAGACUACAUCCACUGCCUGGCACUGAGGGACCGCAGCCCUGAGGUGCUGUCUGGUGGUGAGGAUGGAGCUGUGCGGCUUUGGGAUCUCCGUAUAGCCAAAGAGGUUCAGACCAUUGAAGUCUAUAAGCAUGAGGAGUGCUCGAGGCCCCACAAUGGGCGCUGGAUUGGAUGUUUGGCUACUGACUCAGACUGGAUGGUCUGUGGAGGCGGCCCAGCCCUCACCCUCUGGCACCUCAGGUCUUCCACGCCCACCACUGUCUUUCCCAUUCGGGCACCGCAGAAGCAUGUCACCUUCUACCAGGACCUGAUCCUGUCUGCUGGCCAGGGCUCUUGUGUCAACCACUGGCAGCUGAGUGGGGAGCUUAAGGCCCAGGUGCCUGCUUCUUCCCCAGGGCUGCUCAGCCUAAGCCUCAACCAGCAACCAGCAGCCCCAGAGUGCAAGGUCCUGACUGCUUCAGGCAAUAGCUGUCGAGUGGAUGUCUUCACCAACCUGGGCUACCGCGCCUUCUCCAUGUCUUUCUGACAUCAGGAUCCUCCGUCUCAGGAGCUGGAGUUCACUGUUUGUGUUUUGGGAUGGGGGUUGCUUUAUGUUAGCCCAGGCUGGCCUGGAACUCACUGUGGCUCAGCUUGGUCUCAGACCUUGAGCACUCCUAUCUAUUGCGGAAGUGCUGAGAUUUGGGCCCGUGAGCCACUGAGCUCAGCUUUUUUUUUUUUUUUUCUGUCAAAAUAAAGUUUUAGGCUUUU